AUGUUGAUCCAAAGUAUUUUUAUGGAACUCCGUUCGAGAUUGAGAAGUUGCAAUGUCUUUAUCACGACCGGAGUGGAUUUUAGCAAGAAUUGUAACUUGAAAAUUAGUAUACAAUCGAAUUGUAUAGUGCUCAAUUAUUAUGAUGAUGGAAAAUUGAAGAGGCGAGAUAGUCUCUCGUCUAUAGAAAGCCUCUCAGAUUGUUCUGAAGACGAUUCUGAUGUAAUGUGCGUUAUACCAAUUGAAGAAUUCUGUCACAUAAUACCUAAUUCGAUGUCAUGUCUCAAAUUUGAAAAGAAUACCAUAUCAUUUAGAAUUUUAACUGAACCAAGAACUGGUGGCAAUUUCUAUAAAGAAAUUCUAAACUCUGACACGAAUGAGAGUUCAAACAAAAAAAGUGAACUAAUAAUAAAUGUAAAAGUUGAUGAUGAAAUCAAAAUUGUUUGUUCGAAUUGUUCAAAUACUAUUUCAAAAAAUUUGGUGAAAUUUGAAAGGAUUUUAGAGUUGCCAACAACCAAUUUGGAUAUGAGCGAGUGGUUUUGCCACGGGCAUGGUCAUGAUCACGAUACAAAAUUUGAACCCACAUUGAAAUCCAAUAAAGAUGAUUUUCUUUACAGACUUACAUUUUUCGUGAUCAAUAACUCUGUUUUAUCCGAAAAAACUAAUAAAUUUAAUGCCAAAAGGGAUAUCUAUCAUUGCAAUAGAUGUUUAGCUUGGCUUGGACUAAAAGAAAAAGGCAAUGUUAAGUUAUUCAACUCUGAAGUUAAAAUGACUAAAGAUGACUUUGAGAAAUCAGUUUUCUCUCACAAAAAUACAUUGGGUGAUAUACAGACAGAUGAUUUUAUAUUUACAAUAGAGAAAUUAACACAAGAAUUUAACCUAGGUUUUCAGUAUGUGGUAAUGUGUAAAAUAAUACUUGAAUGCACGGUAGCCACGAAUAAGAAGCAAUAUUUGUUGAUUUGGGUAAUGGAUAAAGAGUUGCAAGUGCUGAAAAAUUCUGGGGAACACAUUGAUAGUGAGAAGAUAAAGCUACAAUCCAGUUUCCUUACAAAGAUUUUGUAUAAAAUUGAGUUUUCGUUGAACGAUGAAGUGGAAUCGUGGCUUGCGGACCCAGCAGUGGUUUCUACCGACGUGUCCAAGGGAAUGUUUUGUCGUGGUGUCGAACAUUUGCAAAAAAUGUCGUUGAAAGUGCCAGAGAUGUUCAGGAACACAAAUGGUUACUGUGUGAGCUAUUUGAAAGUUUAAAUAAAUAAUUAUAUAGCAAUUGA